GGGGCGGGGGGGGGAUCGGCUUGUUUAAAGUGGCGCUUGCGGGGAUGGCGGACCCGGCGGAUUAUCCCCCGUUCCAGCUUGGGAAGUCACGCUUCGAGCAGACUUCAUUUUAUGGCAGAUUCAGGCACUUCUUGGACAUCAUCGAUCCGCGCACUCUCUUUGUUACUGAGAGCCGUCUGAAGGAAGCGGUACAGCUCUUGGAGGAUUACAAGCAUGGGACUUUGCCUCCGGGAGUCACCAACAAAGAGCUUUGGGGAGCUCAGAAAAUAAAGCAGGCCAUCAUCCACCCCGAUACAAACGAGACCAUCUUCAUGCCAUUCCGAAUGUCAGGUUACAUUCCUUUUGGAACCCCCAUCGUUGUUGGUCUUCUCUUGCCCAACCAGACGCUGGCAUCCACUGUGUUUUGGCAGUGGUUGAAUCAGAGCCACAAUGCGUGCGUCAACUAUGCAAACCGCAACGCAACAAAGCCUUCUCCAACGUCCAAGUUCAUCCAGGGCUACUUGGGAGCUGUCAUAAGUGCUGUCUCAAUAGCAGUGGGCCUUAAUGUUCUAAUUCAGAGAGCAAACAAGUUUACCCCCGCCACUCGUCUGUUGAUCCAGAGAUUUGUGCCAUUCCCUGCAGUCGCUAGUGCCAAUAUCUGCAACGUUGUCCUGAUGAGGCACACGGAGCUGGAAGAAGGAAUUGAUGUUUUGGACAAUAACGGAAACAUCGUCGGGUCUUCCAGAAUUGCUGCAAAACACGCACUGCUAGAAACAGCCCUGACUAGAGUGGUUCUGCCAAUGCCUAUACUGGUUCUACCUCCAAUUAUUAUGUCCAUACUGGAAAAAACGUCGCUCCUGAGGUCCCGUCCCCGGAUGAUUCUCCCAGUCCAAAGCCUUGUGUGCCUCGCUGCCUUUGGCCUGGCCCUCCCCUUGGCCAUCAGUCUCUUCCCGCAGAUGUCCGAGUUCUCACCACCCCUCUCUGCUUGAGAGCAUCAACCAGAAGAGAAGACAACAUGUUCCCGCCGUAGCCCCCCUCCUUCUCAGCUCCUGGCUCAGGUUUUCCUCCAGCUGCACCAGCUGUCGGGGCAGGGUUUGCAGACCUGGCAGGCGUUUCGCGAGGAGCCAGACUUCACACACCGCGUCUGCCUUGGCCCUACCCUUUGGCUUUCCCUUUACACCUCCCCUGCUCUCCCCCCUCGGCAGCCUGGUGUCUGCAGAACACCUUUCCUGUCAGAGCAACCAGGGGAAAAAAGGCAAUAAAUAUCACAGGAACUUGUCUCCUGUGCUGCAGGAAACAUCUUCAGAGCAUCUUCUAGUUGCCUUCCGAUUGUCAUGCACACAAAGCUGCUGCCCAGGACCUUCUAGAGCAGCGGAGUCUCUGCAUUACUGGAUAUGCUGCAUUUAGGUGACCUGAGAUGGAUUCAUGCUGGGGCUUAUGCCUGCAGAGAGACGUGAUGGGGGCUGGAGGGGACAUAGAGUCAUGAAAUGGGUUGAGUCGGAAGGGACCUGCAAGCCCAUCCAGUUCCAACCUCCCUGCCAUGGACACCUCCCACUGGACCGGGCUCCUUAAAGCCCCAUCCAACCUGGCCUUGAACACCUUCACGGUGAGAGGCUGCUCCACAAGGUCCUGUCCAGGCUGAUUGUAGGAGAGAUUUCCCAACCACAGAUGAGCAACAGCUGUGAAAUGAGUUACAAGGCUGGAGGUCAGGC